GUGUUAAAUUAAAUCAAAAUGCAUGUGCUAGUUCUGUUCUCGCUUAUGUGGUGCGUGUUGCUUGCCGUUACUCAGGAGACGCCACCAACAGGACCCAAAAAUCCUUAUUGCGAUCAGCAGUUGUGUCCCAGGGGCAAGCGUCAUGUGGCCUGUGAGAAGCUCCAGAACAACUCCCAUAAGGCCUGUAGCGGCGAGCAGACGCAGCUCGUGAAUCUGACCAGCCAGGCCGAUACCAUAGUGAAGGCGCACAAUGAGCUGAGGCAGCGUUUGGCCAACGGCAAGAACAUGACUCUGCCACGUGCUGCACGCUUGGUGGCGAUGCAAUGGAGCGAGGAGCUGGCCACUCUGGCCAGCUACAAUGCACGCAUGUGUCAGCCCAAGCACGACGAUUGCCGCAAUACGGCCAACUUUAAGCACUCUGGCCAAAAUAUCAUUCUGUUCAACAUGACGCGUCUGGUGGACAACGAGCUGAUGGAGAAGAUGUAUCCGCAGUUGCUUGGCAUUGGCGUGCGCAAUUGGUGGGGAGAGCACAAGAGCAACAGCAGCAACAUGAUGACCGCAGCGGAUGUCGAGCACUAUCCGUGUCCAUUGAAUAGAUACAGCAAGCCGCAACUAUAUCGCCAUUUUGCGGUCAUGGCCGUGGAGAACAACACGCAUGUUGGUUGCGCUGGUUCCCGCUAUGUGGCCAAAGAGAUAACCUACUUCAAGCUGACCUGCAACUAUGCUGAGGACUUUAUGUGUGGCAGUCCGAUCUAUCACUUCCGUGCCGUGGGCUGCCUCACCGGACCCAACACGCAGCACAAAGCGCUCUGCUCCAAAAAGGAAAUAUUUGCCUAAAUACCAAAAUAACCAACUACACAAAUACCCUAAUACCAGAGCAUAAUGCCUAAUACCCUAAUACCCAUAACAAGCCACAAAGAAAGCCCAAUGCCCAUCCGGUUUGGAGUGUUGAAUUAAUGCUAUGCAUAUUUAUCUCAUUUCAAUGUGCGAUUUCUAUGGCGCGUGCCGAUCCCCCAAUAAAUAUUCUACAUACCAGU